UAACCGUGUGGAAGCCUGGACUAGGGAUGUUGACUUCCUGCUCCGGCAAGAAGGGAGACCCAUGGUAAAUCUUACUGGCGAUAGGAAGCUUGUGAGGGUGAUGGAAGCAGACUGGCAGAAUACUGAUAAAGCAGUAAAUUGGAUAAAGGAAGAAGCCGGUAACCUUACUCAACCAUUUGUUCUUUACUUGGGACUAAAUUUACCACACCCUUAUCCAUCACCCUAUGCAGGAGAAAAUUUUGGAUCUUCUACAUUUUUAACAUCUCCCUAUUGGCUUGAAAAGGUAACUUAUGAAGCUAUUAAAAUUCCCAAGUGGUCUUCUCUUUCAGAGAUGCAUCCAGUAGACUAUUACUCAUCUUACACUAAGAAUUGCACAGCAGAGUUUACAAAGCAAGAAGUGAGAAAUAUUAGAGCAUUUUAUUAUGCUAUGUGUGCAGAGACAGAUGCCAUGCUGGGUGAGAUUAUUUCAGCUCUGAGAGAUACUGGGCUUCUUAAAAAAACAAUCGUUAUAUUCACUGCAGAUCAUGGAGAACUUGCUAUGGAACACCGGCAGUUCUACAAGAUGAGCAUGUACGAAGGAAGUUCCCAUGUCCCUCUGUUAGUUAUGGGGCCAGGGGUAAAAGAACAGCAGCAAGUACCAAAUGUGGUGUCUCUUGUGGAUAUAUACCCUACUAUGCUUGAUAUAGCAAGAAUUCCUGUCCCGCAGAACCUCAGUGGUUAUUCUCUUGUACCACUGCUAUGUGGAAAAGCUGAAAAUGAAGUGUUGUCCAGAAGGCCUCGGCCCUCGUGGGUGUUGAGUGAGUUCCACGGAUGCAAUGUGAAUUCUUCCACGUACAUGCUUCGAACUGGCAAAUGGAAAUAUAUCGCCUACUCAGAUGGUCGUUCAGUACUUCCACAACUGUUCGACCUUUCUGACGAUCCAGAUGAGCUAACAAACGUUGCCAUAAAAUUCCCAGUAAUUGUACAUUCCUUGGACAAAAUGCUCCGCUCUGUAGUAAACUACCCAAAGGUUUCUUCAUCCGUUCAGGAGUACAACAAAAGACAGUUUAUGAGUUGGAAACAAAGCUUGGGUCAGAAUUACUCAAAUGUUAUUGCCAACCUUAGGUGGCAUCAAGACUGGUUAAAGGAACCAAAAAAAUAUGAGAAUGCAAUUGAUAAGUGGCUUCGUCAAA